AUGAUAUCCCUUCGUGGUCUCAGUCUGGCCUUGGCUCUAGCCGGGGCCGCCAUCGCCGACAUCUCGGAUGUUCCAAGGCCGAGGAUUGGAAACGCGCCCUAUGGUGUCGACAUCACAGCCUGUUCGGUCCCUGGAACUCUGGCCCUCACUUUCGAUGACGGCCCCGCCGAAUAUACUGGCGAGCUCCUCAACAUUCUCGCCGAAAACGAUGUAGCGGCCACCUUCUUCGUUACGGGUCUCAACGGUGAUGCGGGACCUAUUGACGACCCGUCGACUGGCCGCCCAGCUCUCCUCAAACGUAUGCUUGCCGAGGGACAUCAGAUCGGAAGUCACUCGUGGAGCCAUCAGGACGCGGAUCUUAUCGGCCCCGAGGAGAAGCGUCAGGAAGUUAUUCUUAAUGAGGUUGCUUUCACCAAGCUGUUCGGAUUCUUCCCCACCUACUACCGCCCUCCGUAUACCCACUGUAAUGGAGAGUGCUUCGCCGUGCUUGAGCAAUUCGGCUAUCACAUUACCAACUACAAUCUCGAUACCAAGGACUGGGAGGUCAGCGUGUCGCAAGCCAAAGACAACUUCGCGGGCUUGCUCGGCGGAUUCAGCCCCCAGUCGUCCGGCGUCAUCGCCCUCGCUCACGACAUUCACGCGAACACCGUUCGCGAACUCACCCAGUUCAUGAUCGACAAGGCCCGCGCUGCUGGCUACAACUUGGUCACUGUUGGUGAAUGUCUCGGCGAUCCCGAAGUCAACUGGUAUCGCGAUUCCAAGACUGGAGGGCCUGUGGAUGAAUCAAGGCUUCGAAAUGCCGGCGCCAAGCCGACCCCCUCAUCGUCGAGUUCCGCUCCUGCUUCGACCACUACGUCUUCUGCUCAAGCCUCGUCCACUUCUGCUGAAGCCACGAGCUCUCUGGAGGAAAGCACAGCUCCCACUUCGUCCUUUGCCGCCCUCCCAACUGAGACUGCCGAUGGAGAGCUGCCAGGACCUCCCGAGAAUAAGGGAGUUGAGACAGUUGGCGAGCAGUCGGCGGCCGCACGCGGUGUAUACCCUUCCCUAGCUUUCCUCCUCGGCAUGGCCUUGUGGUGGAUGUAA